AUGUCCACCGAUCACAGCUCAUUCCUUGCUGCUCGAGUUCUCAAUGACAAUAAGCUUGUCACAUACCGUCUCCUAAGCCGUGAGCUCAAAAUCCACGUCAACAAGGCCAAAGAAUACCUCGCCGCUUUCCACGAAACAGAGAACCGCAAGCGCCAAGGAUCAUGUCAUGCUACAUAUCUUGUUACAGGAGUCCCGAAGCCUUUAGUCCCGACAUCACGACCGAGGAUUGAUACGGAUGAUGAUACAUAUAUGGAGAGCAGUCCUGUCCCACAGGCGACACAAAAUGAAGAUGAAGAGGUAGUAAAGACGUCCAGCGUCAUAUUAGUAACAGAAGAGGAAUUGGAAGGGGUCAAGGAAUCGCUGAAGGAGAUCACAUCGAUACAUAUUUACAGUGUAGAACCUGGUCCUAUUAAGGACCUUUUAGCGAUUUCAGACGCAAGUGUGGAGCUGUAUUCUAGGUUUCCUAGCUUAAAUGCUGCCGAGAAGUCGAAAAUCUACGGUACAACACUGAACAAAUAUGUCAAGAAACGAGAUGGGGCUCCGCCGCCGCCGCCGCCGCCGCAACCUACAACGAGUAGCACAUAUGUCGUUCCUGUGAAGAAAGAACCUAUAUCGUCUGCACUGCCUGCUGCAACUUCAUCUACUACAAGCAAAGAAACCAAGAAGGAUGUGAAAAAGGAUUUCUUUGGCAGCAUUAAGGCAAAGGAUGCACAGAAAUCCCGUCAAACAUCUGAGUCCACUUCAUCAACCAAAGCUAAAGUUCCCCUAAAGCGUGGACAAAGUGACUUGAUGUCCUCAUUUUCCAACGCCCAGCCUAAGAAGCCUAAGCAGCCUGAGAAGGAAAAGACACCACCGCCGGAUUUCAUGGACGUCGAUGACGAUGAACCUGCGGAAGUGGAGCCAGUUGAUGAAGAGACAAGGGCAGCAGAAAAAGCGAGACAAGAAGAGAUACGGAGAAAACGAGAGGUGGACGAAGAAGAGCUCCGUAGAAUGAUGGAUGAGGAAGACGAUGAACCUAUUGUUACAGAAAAGGCAAAUAGUGAUGUCGAAGUUGCGGAUUCCCCAGAAGAAGAGGAGGAGGAGGAAGAAGAAACAGCGGCAACUCCCAUGGAGGAACCGUCUGAGCCCGCUCCUUCAGCAUCUGCGCCGGGACGUCGAAAGGCAAAACGGAGAGUAACAAAGAAGGUCCGGUCGAAGGAUGCAGAUGGGUACAUCGUGACCCGGGAAGUUACCGAAUGGGAAGAGUAUUCCGAGGAUGAUGUUCCAGUACCGGCGAAACCGGCACCGAAACCAAAUGCAUUUUCUGCUAUGAAACAGGCCCCGAGCUCACAGAAAGGGAAGAAAGGUGCAGCAGAAGGUGGACCCAAGCGGGACAUCGCCAGUUUUUUCCAACGAAAGUGA